AUGGAAUUCAACAUCGACGAUCUCCCAGUUCUGUUUCCUUACCCAAGGAUAUAUCCAGAACAAUAUGCGUACAUGGUGGACUUGAAAAAAACCCUCGAUGCAGGCGGGAACUGUGUCCUGGAAAUGCCUUCGGGCACCGGCAAGACCGUCACCCUCUUGUCACUCAUUGUCGCCUACCAGCAAUACUACCCAGAGCACCGGAAGCUGAUCUACUGCUCGCGAACAAUGUCCGAAAUCGAAAAGGCCCUCGUUGAGCUAAGAGCACUCAUGAAGUUCCGAGCCGAGCGGCUGGGACACGAAGAAGAGUUUCGCGGUCUCGGUCUGACAAGUCGAAAGAACCUGUGUCUGCACCCCUCGGUCAAGCGGGAGAAGAGCGGUGCCAUUGUCGACGCGAGGUGUCGCAGCUUGACGGCCGGCUUCGUCAAGGAGAAGAGGGAAAAGGGGGAGAAUGUGGAGACGUGCGUCUACCACGACAAUCUCGACCUUCUAGAACCGCAUAACUUGAUCCCUAACGGAAUCUGGACACUGGAUGGCCUGAUGAGGUAUGGCGAGGAAAAGAAACAGUGUCCUUAUUUCACUGCCAGGAGGAUGAUGCAAUACUGCAACGUCAUCAUUUACUCCUAUCACUACCUCCUAGACCCCAAGAUCGCCGAGCGCGUGUCCAAGGAUCUAUCCAAGGACUGCAUCGUCGUCUUUGACGAGGCUCACAACAUCGACAACGUCUGCAUCGAGUCUCUAAGUACCGACAUCACCCAGGACUCACUGAUGAGGGCAACCAGGGGUGCUCAGAACUUGGAGGCCAAAAUCAGCGAGAUGAAGGACUCUGAUCAAGAGAAACUCCAGUCCGAGUACGAAAAGCUAGUCGAAGGACUCAAGGGUCUAGAUGAAGGGCGACAGGAGGAUGCUUUCAUGGCCAACCCAACACUACCUGACGAUCUGCUCAAGGAGGCCGUCCCCGGCAAUAUCAGGCGAGCUGAGCACUUUGUUGCCUUCCUCCGGAGAUUUAUCGAAUACCUCAAGACCCGCAUGAAGGUCCGCCAGGUCAUCUCCGAAACGCCACCAUCUUUUCUCGCCCACCUAAAAGAAUACACCUUCAUCGAGAAGAAACCGCUACGGUUCUGCGCCGAGCGUCUAACCUCGCUAGUACGGACCCUCGAGCUUACCAACAUUGAAGACUACCGGCCCCUCCAAGAAGUAGCCACCUUUGCAACCCUCGUCGCCACCUACGAAAAGGGCUUCCUACUAAUCCUCGAGCCCUACGAAUCCGACACGGCCAAGACCCCGAACCCAGUCCUGCACUUCACCUGCCUCGACGCCGCCAUCGCCAUCAAGCCCGUCUUCGACCGUUUCAGCUCCGUCAUCAUCACCUCCGGCACCAUUUCCCCCCUUGAAAUGUACCCCAAAAUGCUCAACUUCGAGACCGUCGUGCAGGAAUCCUACGCCAUGACCCUCGCCCGCCGCUCUUUCCUCCCCAUGAUCGUCACCCGCGGCUCCGACCAGGCCUCCAUCUCCACCUCCUUCCAAGUCCGCAACGAGCCCAGCGUGGUGCGCAACUACGGCAACCUCCUUACCGAGUUCGCCCGCAUCACGCCCGACGGCAUGGUCGUCUUCUUUCCCUCGUACUUGUACAUGGAAUCCAUCAUCUCCAUGUGGCAAGGCAUGGGCAUCCUCGAUGAAGUGUGGAAGCACAAACUCAUCCUGGUCGAAACCCCAGACGCGCAGGAAACCUCCCUAGCGCUCGAAACUUACCGCACCGCCUGCUGCAACGGCCGCGGCGCCAUCUUGCUCUGCGUCGCGCGCGGUAAAGUCUCCGAAGGCAUCGACUUUGACCACCAGUACGGCCGCACCGUGUUAUGCAUUGGCGUGCCCUUCCAGUACACCGAGUCGCGCAUCCUCAAGGCCCGCUUGGAAUUCCUGCGCGAAACGUACCGCAUCCGCGAAAACGACUUUCUCUCUUUCGACGCUAUGCGCCACGCCGCGCAGUGUCUGGGGCGCGUCUUGCGUGGUAAAGACGAUUACGGAGUCAUGGUGCUGGCGGACCGGCGCUUCAUGAAGAAGCGCGCGCAGCUGCCCAAGUGGAUUAACCAAGCUUUCUUGGAAGCGAACACGAACCUGAGCACGGAUAUGGCGGUGGGGAAUGCGCGGGCGUUCUUGAAGCAGAUGGCGCAGCCGUUUAGUGCCAAGGAUCAGGAGGGCGUGAGUAUUUGGGGAAUGGAGGAUCUCAAGAGGCAUCAGGAAAAGAUGGCGGAGGAUAUGAUUGUGGAGCUGAAGACGGCGAGGGAGGUGGAGGAAAGGGAGAGGAAGAGGAGGGAGGAGGAGGAGAGGAGGAGGUUCGAGGAGGAGAGGGAUAGGGUUAGUGAUUAUGAGAUGGAUGAGGAUGAUGAGGCGGAGAUGAUGGCGCUGGAUGCGAGGAUUGGUUAGUUGUCAAUUUGAGUGGGAUAGAGUAGAUGAAGUGAAUGAGAUUGUGGUUUGUGGAGCU